AGAGAGGGGUGUGUAUGCUCUCUCGCAACUGAGUGAGUGUGUGUCUCUGUGUGUGUGUGUGUGCAUACGCGAGUAUGUGUGACCAACUGUCUGAUAGUUCUCCUUCUGCCUUAAUACUUGUACAGACAGGAGAGUUUGAGGCAUUUCUUUUGUAGAACUCGUAGGGAAUGGCAAAGUGUAUUGUUACCCUGGAAACAUCUGUUUAAUGAGAAUGUCUGAGGAAUGCUUACGGUCACACACUGUCAUUAGCAGGAGGAUUUGAACCCUCAGACUCGGGAUAUGACAUUCAAAGCCUUAAGCACUAUGCCACACUGCCUGCACAUAUGUGGUGCCAGUCCACUCGUUUGGGUUACGCCAUCUGCUGUACCCUGAUAAAUUGUACUUGUGAAGGUUUUCAACCUAGUAGAAUUAAAAGACGACAAUGUGAAAUCUGCAAGCAUGGCUGGGUAGCACAUGCCUUAAGCAAGCUAAAAGUGCAUCACCUAUAUCAGGGGAGUCAGGUGGAGAUCGUUCAGUCAAAUGUGGUGUUUGAUAUUUCUAGCCUGAUGCUCUAUGGAACCCAAGCAAUUCCAGUUCGACUUAAAAUUCUGCUCGACCGCCUUUUUAGUGUUUUGAAACAAGAGGAAGUCAUUCACAUCCUAAACGCACUAGACUGGACCCUGCAGGAUUACAUCCGUGGAUAUGUACUGCAGGAUGUAUCCGGAAAAGUGCUGGACCGUUGGGCUAUUAUGACCUAUGAGGAAGAAAUUGCAACGUUACAACAAUUUCUUCGUUUUGGAGAAACCAAAUCAAUCGUUGAGCUCAUGGUUAUUCAAGACAAGGAAGGACAGGCAGUCGUCAUACCCAGCACAAGAACUAAUUCAGACAUUCGAGCUUUUAUUGAAAACAGCAGCCACAGGAGUCCUGCUGUGUCUACCAACAUGGAAAAAAUAAACUCUAGCAACAUUCACCACUUUGAAAAUUUUAUUAACAACAUGGCCUUCAUGUUGCCAUUUCAGUUUCUUAGCCCUCUCCCAGCCCCACUAAUUGGCUCUCCACCUGAUGCUUUUCUUCUUGAUUCUGCUUCAAAACCAAACUAUAAAAUCAAACCUGACAUUCAAAUUCCCAACGCCGAAUCCAGUCUCCUUUUGCCUGGCACAGCUUCAUAUGCAUCUAGCAGUGACAGGAAUGGAUGUUCCUCUGAACCUGGCACCAAAGUAGAAGCCGAGGACUUUCCUGGCAGUGAUGAUUUUUCAGAUAACCCUUCAACUCCAUGUAAUGCAUCUAUAAGUUCUGAGAUCGCCCAGAUUUCUCCUGAGGGUAAGCUGCGGUCUCCAGACAAAGGUAGUGGAGGGCCAAAAAAGGGUCGGGUUUUCUGCAGUGCUUGCGAAAAGACAUUUUAUGAUAAAGGCACUCUCAAGAUUCACUACAACGCAGUUCAUCUAAAGAUCAAGCAUAAGUGUACAAUUGAAGGCUGCAACAUGGUGUUCAGCUCCUUACGGAGCCGUAAUCGCCAUAGUGCCAAUCCAAACCCCCGCCUGCACAUGCCCAUGAACAGAAACAACAGGGAUAAAGAUCUGAGAAGUAACCUAACAAGUGAGGCCGAUAAAAGACCAGAGUUUAAUACAGUCACAUCAACGGACAGCAGGUCGGUUCCAAGUUAUAUGAUUCCGUGCCCAGAGCCUAAAAUGCAGAACAGCUUGCCUAGCAGUGGUCACGGUGGGAUUCUGUUUCCAAAUCUGAAGACUGUGCAGCCCGUUCUUCCAUUUUAUCGCAGCCUAGUGACCCCUGCAGAGCUAGCGAACACUCCAGCUUCUCUGCCUUCAUUACCACUGAUUUCAUCAUCUGUCCCGGAACCACCUGCAGCCAUGGAACCUUCCUCUGAUCCAAUUCCAAAGAAAAAAUCCCGCAAAUCUAGCAUGCCUAUUAAAAUUGAAAAAGAAGUUGUCGACACUGCAGAUGAGUGUGCCGAAGACGGUGAUUCAGAUGAGGAGAUUCCCUUGCAGAUCAGAGGAAGCGAUGAACAUGAAAACGGCGAGGACUCCUAUGAAACCGAAACAAUUGUCAAAGUUGAUGGAUCAGUCAUCCAUUCAACUGAGAAAGAACAUUCAGUAUCUUCAAUCCAUGGUCAAGUAAUUGCGAAAAUGUCUGCAAGCAUUGAGGAGGAACAAGAACAAGAGUUCUAUCAUAUGGAAAACCAUUUUCUCCGUGCUCAAGGAGACAGCGUUAUUACAAGCACAGCACCAUCAGACAGGAAGCAAAGAGAGCAACAUGAUGGUGUGAAACCCAUGUCAAUGUCCAAAAUGGAAAAUUAUAUGGAGAAACAGCUGUGCAACAAAGACAGUGAUAGUCAUUACAUGGAGAAUGAACACAGGUUGCAGAAUGGAGGCUUCUACCGCAUUUUAACCAACAAUAAGGAAACCCUACCUUUGGGCCUCGAUGAAACUCAGAGCAUGGCAUACACAGAUUUGCAUGGCGUAGCCAUUGACAAAGAAACCCUUCAUUACUGUGAGAUCUGUGAUAAGACUUUUAAGAAUCAGUACAGUGUAAAAAUGCAUUACCGUAAUGUGCACCUGAAGGAAUUGCACAUGUGUUCUGUCGAUGGCUGCAACGCAGCCUUCCCUUCUAGGAGAAGCAGAGACAGGCACAGCGCUAACAUGAAUCUGCAUCACAAGCUGUUGACCAAAGACCAAUAUGGAGCUUCAGGUACUCACUGCUUCAGCCCCGCACCUUGCAGAGAUUUAGAUAAAGACUUUCAGCCAGAUUUCAGAUUAAAAGAAUAUAUUGGCCAGACAUCUGUGAUCUUGAAAGGAAGUAACAGGAUGGGUCUGGUUUUUCCCAUGAGUAAAACUGGGGAGAGCUGCCUGGCUAUGCAGAAGGAAGAUGCCGCAGAGGAAGAGACUGUGUUAGACUUGAGCACGUCUUCCAUGUCCAAAUCAGAGAGCAGCUUACACUGCUCCUGGGACUCGGACUGUGGGAGUGAGGAAGGUAUCUCCUUGGAUGAAAGUGUGGAAAGUCCUGAAAGUUUAAACUUGACAUCCAAAGAGGAAUCUCCCCCAAACUUGCCAGUGACCGAGAAGACAAGUGACUGCCUCGUGUUUCACUUGCCAUCCAGCUCGCCAAUAACAUGCCAUAUCUGCCAAAAAGUAUACAGUAACAAAGGGACAUUCAGGGCUCAUUAUAAAACGGUGCACCUUCGUCAGCUUCACAAGUGUAAAAUCCCGGGGUGCAAUACAAUGUUCUCCUCAGUACGCAGCCGCAACCGGCACAGCCAGAACCCCAAUUUACAUCGAAAUCUGGGGAGCAGUACAUGUGAUGAACAUAUAUGAUCUUGUGGAAAACAACUGGCCCAGCAUUGGGGGAAAGAAAAAACACUGAACAUUUCCCAUUUCCCUACAUUAUCUGAAAAAAGAAAGUCAAAAAGGGUACAUUUGGAGUCGUGAUAAAGUGUGGAGCAUGGCUUUCACGACUGUACAAGCGAUGCCACAAAGCCCCUUCUCUCUUGUUCUCUCCUUAUUGGAUAAAGACAAGACGUUCUCCUCAGAAUUUAAAUGAAACAAAUCCUUACGUUGAACUACUUUUACUUUUUUCAUCAGUGGAGGAGAUUGAACUAGAAUAUCUAAUAAUUUUGUAUCUCCAUUACUGCAUCAUUUUAGUCUCCCUUUAACAUUUUCCAAAGAGUGUUCCUAAUUGCAAAAAACUAAAUGAAGUUAUUUAAACAGUAUUGUACUUUGUGGUUAUCUGUAAUCCAUAUGGAACAAGAGCUCCUUUUACAUUGGGGCAAUUCUUAGUUGUAAUACACACGUAGAAAGGAAUUUUGUCACAUUUCUACUAUGUUUCUUCAAAAUUUGCAUUGGUGAGAAAAUUUUUUUUACAUAGGAAUGGGCUACUUGCCAUUGUGACCAAAUACCAAAAUGCCUCCUCUUGUAAUUGUAGCGGAGGAAAUGAAAACCUCAAAUUUACAACGUAGUAAAAUGCGGCACAUCCUUUUUGCGUGUGUACCUCUGGCCAAUGCGGUGAAACAUGCUUCAGAUGUUCUUCUUUCAGAUUUGUAUCAAACUCAUUUUCGGUUCUUGGAUCACAGGGCAUAAUAGCUAAAUUGAUAGCUCUGCCUGUUCUGUUCAUCUUAGGUUUCUAUGCACUUAUUUUGUACUUGUUAACUAUUGUUAUAAAACAAAACUGUAAUAUGUUUCACUUUUAUGUGUACUUGGUAAUUAAGUGCUUUGACUGCAUUUUCUUUAGAAUUUCAAUCAUUUUUUUAUUGUGCCAACACAGUGUUGACUUAGUUUCCCAGACAUUUCAUGUUAAGGUUUUUUGUCUCAAAAUUGGCAGAUUCGGUGGUUAUUAUUAUUUUUUUUCUCUUCCUUGGCAACAGAUGCAGUUUUGUACAUUCAUUUGGUCAUAACAAAUGUCAUUUGUAGACUUUUUUUCAUUGAAAACAAAAUGUGUAAAAUGUGUUGUAUUUUUCAGUCAGUAAGUUAUUAUUUGAUGUUACUGGUUUGUCACAAUUUUGUUACAGUUCAAAAAAGGAAAAAUAUUUGACCAAAGACUUAGUGUUAACUGUGAUGAAGCCAGUUCAAGCUCUUUGUGUAAUAAAAGCAGUAUUAAAACCACCAGCAAAAUGAAUCUACUUGAAAUGGUUUAUUUUUCACUGACAAUAAGACAAUUUUUGUAUUUUUCAUAAAUGUGUUUUCACAAGUA